GCUAUCUGGAAAAAAUGAGUUUUUAGGCUAGAAAAAUUUGCUCCGAAACUGUCAUGGCGCCGAAUGAAAUUUUCAAAAAUCUUUGAGAAAGAUAUUGGCCUGCUAGAAGUUAAAAUGUUUGGAAACAAUCAACAAUCAAAUCCAUUUGGAGAGAAACCAUCUAAUGCAUUCGGACAAGCACCAAAUGCCACAUCAACAACAAUGUUUGGGCAGCAAAGUGGCCAGCCUGAUGCUUUUAAAAGUAUGACAUCAACAACUUCUACAUUUGGAAGUACCCCCAGCCCAUUUGGAUCAUCAAGUUCAUUUGGAACUGGGUCUUCUUCAUUUGGACAAACUAGUCCUCCAGUACUUGGUGGAUUUGGCACUACAACAUCAGCAUCAACUGCAUUUGGUUCAACAGCUUCCACUCAAAGUGGGCUUGGUUCAAACACAUCUGGCGCAAGUGCAUUUGGUUCAACUGCAUCAGCUCCAAUGACAUUUGGUUCAACUACUUCAACUGCAUUUGGUUCAAGUACAUCUGCUCCAAUGGCAUUUGGUUCAAUUACUCCAACUGCAUUUGGUUCAACACCAGCUGCUGGAGUUAAGCUUGGUUCAACAACUUCAGCUCCCAGUAAAUUUGGUUCAGCUACCUUUGCCUUUGGGCAGACAUCAAAAGCUCCAAGUAUAUUUAGAUCAACAGCCACAAACGAAGGUGCAUUUAAUUCACCUGCAUUUCCAUUUUCUGCAGGACGUGCAAAACCAUCAGCUUCAAAUGCAACAUCAGUACUAUUUGGCGGAGAAUCUAAUGCAUCAAAGACAUUUGGUUCAACUAAUGCUUCCUCUGGCACAUUUGGUAGUUCACCAUUAGGAUUUGGGCCGGGAAGUACAACAGAAAGUUCAGGCUUUGGAUCAAGUAGUGUUUCUUCUACUGCUAAUGAAUCUUCAAAGAAAGACACGAAAGAUCAACAAAAUGUGUUUGGAUCAAAACAAACUUUACCUUUGUUCGAAUCAAAAACAAAAAGUGUUUCAAAUUCAAAAGCUACGUUUGGUACCACAGGAAAUCAACCCACUGGGUUAUUUGCGAAAUCUACAACUGAACAAAAACCUUUAACUGCGGAAUCUAACACUGAACAGAACUUGUUUGGAAAAUCAUCAACAUCUCAAAAUCCCCAAAUAAAGAAAAGCUAUGUUAAACCAAAGGGAGUGUUUGGAAUUAAAAGUGACACUAAACCAUCAAAUGAAGGCCUGUUCGGCAAAAGUCACCCAUCGGGAUCUACUCAAGGUUUAUUUGGAAAACCAGCAUUAAAGUCUAAUCCAGUUGUGUUUGUUUCAACAGCUGCAGAUGAAGACGCAGAUCCUGGUGUAGCUGUUGAUGAAGAGAGAGAAAACAACUCAAGUCCAUCACGUCGUAUGAUGAUAAAACGAAAACCAGUUGGUCUAUUUGGGAAGGCAGUUUCAAGUGCUAUAGGAACUGAUAUAGCAAGAAGAAAGUCAACAGAAGCUGACAAAAGAGCCUUGAAACCUACAUCCAGGCGUUUAUCCAGUGAAGAUAUCAGUAACAGUUUAUCAAUUAGUUGUAAGCCAAUCCCAGAGGAGUAUAACACAAAGGAAAUCCUGAAGCGACAUUUUCAACGAUUUGGAAAGGUCACACGUGUGUUUCCAAAUCCUAAGGAACAAAAAGCGAUAAUACAUUUUGAAAAUCAUGAAGCCGCUGCAGAGGCAAAAAGGAAUGGACAUGAAUUAAAACCUGGCUUACCAAAAAUGACUAUAUUCUGGAGACCAAGUAAAAAAGCAUUGAAGUCAACGUUUUCCAAAGAUGUGAGUGAUGAGUUGUCGAGUAUGGCUGGGGCAGACUUUGAUAGUGCAGGGCCAAAGCUUCCUGUGAGACCUAAAGAGGGCAGUAGUCGGAGGGCAAUCACCAAAGCUUCAUCAGAGAGAAGAAUGAGCCCUGGGCCCUCAUCUAGGAGUACAAGCCCUGCUAGGAAGCUGAAAACUGGAGCUGGAGGGAAAUUCCUGAAUACCAUGGCAACCACUGCUGGUGAGAAGUAUGAACUGUUAGAGGCAAUCGACAAACAAAUGAAACUGGAUAGAGGCAAGCAAACAGGCACAGAACUGGCCCAAGCUGCAGUCAUCAUCGGAACAUGCCCAGACAUGUGCCCAGAAAAAGAGCGGUAUGUACGUGAAGACAGGAGACGUUUGGGACUAUUUGAGAUCCUCCCUGGCACUGAACAUAUCCCUGGGAAGAACCCUGAGGCUGACCACGCCAGGUGUAUUAAGGAGUAUAGCAGGUCCUCGGCAGACCAGGAAAUGCCACUGGCCCAUGAACUGAGGCCACCUCAUGUGUUGGCUAUGACAAUGAACUAUAUCGUCAAUAAUAUAAUGGAUGAGGGCCAUGAUGGGAACUGGGCUGAUUGGUACGAGUUUGUCUGGAGUAGGACGAGAGGCAUUAGAAAGGAUAUCACCCAGCAACAGCUGUGUAAUGAGACAGCUGUAGAUCUUGUCGAAAAAUGCUGUAGAUUUCAUAUCUUGUGCUCUGGAAGACUCUGCGAGGAAGACGUUAUGGCAUUUGAUGAGAAGAUAAACAGCGAGAAUAUGACGAAGUGUCUGCAGACGCUGAAGGAAAUGUACUGGGAUAUGGAGCACAAACACGGGAAGUUAUGUCAGAAUGAGGCUGAGUUCCGGGCGUACACUGUACUCAUGAACCUCAAUGAGGGAGAUACAUUGAGAGCUGCCCAAGAGUUGAGACCAGAUAUUCGCAACUCUUCAGAGAUGAAGUUCGUCUUAGAAGCCUACUUUGCCCUCAAUAGCAACAACUAUGUUAAAUUCUUCAAACUCGUCAAGAAAGGCUCAUUUCUGAAUUCCUGCAUCAUGCAUCGUUACUUCAAUCAGGUCCGCAGUAAGGCCCUGUCUACAAUGCUACGUAGUUAUAAGAGCCCUGGAAAGGAUAUGCAGUUCCCGAUCGUGGACCUCUGCAAUCAGUUGGGAUUUGAAGAUGCCUUUGAGGUGAAAGACUUCUGUAUGCAGCAUGGCCUCAGUAGCGAUGAUGAUUUUAUCAUGUUUAAUAAGUCGCAUUGGAUUAUGCCUGAAACUGCGCCGGAAUCCAGACGAUCCUUGAAGCUUAUAGAGGGCAAGUUGGAUGUCUCAUAUGGAGAGGUUGUAAAUAAUGGGCCACUACCAGAAAAUAUCCUACACCAGCCAGUCUCUAGUUUUAACUCCAAUCACAGAUACAUAGGACAGAAUACACAGAUUCUUCAGGUGCAACAAAAUCAAGGUGAAGAAACCCCCACUGCGGAUGUAGACACUACUAAUGAAGCAGCCCACCCUUCAAAGUCCUCCCUGGAUGAGGCUGCAGGUCAGGACUUGAAGCAGACAGAGGAACAAAAAUUCCCAUACACAAAACAGCAAAUGUGGGACGCUUGUAAAGGCUAUGUAAAAGAAGUUGUGGAUGAGAUGUGCCUAGAUCUGUGUACGAACCUUCAUAAAGCAGUGCAGACCUAUUUGACGAUUGGCCAGACUAAUCUCACAGAUAUAAUAGAGGAAACUACAACAAAUAUUGCUAA